AUGUUGUUGAAUGAGAAGUACACGACUAAAGUGAUAUAUAAAGCUUUCUUUAGUCAGCAAAAGGAUGUUCCUUGGAAAUGUGCGGUGUAUAGGAAUGCAGCUAGGAGAAAGGCAAUCCAUACUUUGUGGAUGUCUUGCCACAAAAAGUUUCCCACAAAAGAAAGGCUCCAUAAAUUUGGCAUGAUUAGUAAUAAUGAUUGUUGUCUUUGCAGGAAAGUUGAAACUGUUGAUCAUCUUUUGUUUGAUUGCCCUGCUACUAGAAUUAUUUGGGAGACAAUUCUUAAGUGGAUUGAAAUUGAUCACAUUCUGAAGAGUUGGUCUGAGAAGCUUGAUUGGCUCAUAGCGAUUUUGCAAAAAGAAGAGUUGAAAAGCUAUAAUCAUUUAAUGUGCUUUGACAAAAACAGUGUAUGA